AUGUCGCCGUCAGCCGCAACGCAGCCCGCCCACGGCACCGGCACCGGCACGGAGAGGAAGCGCCGCGGUUGGGCGAGGGCGUUCAAAUCGCAUAAUACCACCAACUCGAGUCCCGGCGAUGAUGUUGUUGACGAUGGGGGCAACCGCAGCACCGGCAUCACGAGCAGCACGAGGAUAAGUGGGCGGAGUAGGCCGCGGUGGUGGAAGAUCCAUCUCUUCCGCGGCAUGGUCAACGACGUGCGCCGCCGCGCGCCCUACUACUGGAGCGACUGGCGCGAUGCGUGGGAUUACCGCGUCGUGCCUAGUACUAUCUACAUGUAUUUUGCCAACACCGUCUACGACAUCAUGUCGCCGACAGGAACGAACUACCUGGCCUUCAUGUGCUGGAUCGGGUUGUGGUCGCUGAUAUUCCACUGGAUCCUCGCCGUGACGAACGCCUGCAACUGGCUGAAGUACGUAACGCGGUUCCCAUGCGACAUCUUCGGCUUCUACGUGGCCUUCAUCUACCUGCAAAAAGGUAUUCAGGUCUUGGAACGCUUCGGAAACGACUCGCCCUUCUAUCUGAGCGUCAUGGUUGCCCUGCUCGUCUUCAUGAUCGCAUACAUAUGCGGCGAGCUCGGCGGCAACAGCGCCCUGUUCCGACACCCCGUCCGCGUGUUUGUGAAGGACUAUGGUACUCCGUUAACGGUCAUCUUCUUCACCGGGUUUAUACACUUUGGCCGCAUGAAGACGAUUGAUCUUGAGAAGCUGCCGACGAGCGCCCCCUUUUUGCCGACCGCGGAUAGGAGCUGGCUCGUCCAUUUUUGGGACAUCUCCGUCGGGGAUGUGUUCAUCGCUAUGCCGUUUGCGAUCCUGCUUACGAUUCUCUUCUAUUUCGAUCAUAAUGUGUCGUCCCUCAUUGCACAGGGCACCGAGUUCCCGCUGCGCAAGCCCGCCGGCUUCCACUGGGACAUCUUCCUCCUCGGCAUCACCACGGGCGUCGCUGGAAUCUUGGGAUUACCCUUCCCCAACGGCCUGAUCCCGCAGGCGCCCUUCCACACGGAAUCGCUCUGCGUGACCAAAGUGGAAGUCGACACAGACGAGACAAGCCCGACGAAGGGCCACUUCUCCUUCCGGCGCACGCACGUCGUCGAGCAGCGGCUCUCGAAUUUCGCCCAGGGCCUCCUGACCCUCGGCACCAUGUCGGGGCCCCUGCUCGUCGUGCUGCACCUGAUCCCGCAGGCCGUGCUCGCGGGUCUGUUUUUUAUCAUGGGCUACCAGGCGCUCGAGGCCAACGGCAUCACGGCCAAGAUCCUGUUCUUGCUCCGCGACGGCAUGCUGACGCAGGCGGACCACCCGCUCCGCCAAAUCGAGCGCCGCGCCGCCGUCUGGGCUUUUGUCGUUAUCGAGCUCGUCGGGUUCGGCGCUACGUUCGCGAUCACGCAGACGGUCGCUGCGGUCGGGUUCCCGAUUAUUAUCCUUGCGCUUAUCCCGGUGCGUGCGGCGGUGUUGCCGCGCUUCUUUCGGAAGGAAGAGCUGGCGCUGCUGGAUGGGCCCACUGCGAGCCCGUUUACGAUGGAGAGCGUGGGCGGGUCUUAUGGUGGGGGCGAGGAGGCGUUGGGUGGUGGUGAUGGUGGCGAUGGUGGUAGAGCGGAGAAGGGCAGUGCUGGGAGUGUUCCGGCGACUGCGACGGGUAGUGGGCAGCCGAGCGUCUUGUUUGGUGGUGCCGAUGAGAGGAAGAGUGGCGAUGUGCUGGCGGAGGAGGGACGGGGCUCGGGUGAGGGUGAGGGUGAGGGCUCGGAGGCGGGUGUGGAUAGACGAGGUCCGUCGGUUCGAUAG